UAGAGGAAACAUUUUGGCUCAAACAAACGCCUCUUUGGGUUAAUUUCUGAUCUCAACACGCAUUUUUGAUCUUUACUACCGUUUUUUAAUUGUCUCACCCGCUCUUAACUCUCCCUCGAUGCAUAUUUUAUAUCAACCUCUUGUCUACUAUAUAAGACAAAUCAAACUUGCAAAAAGUAUCAUUCAACUGUCAACAGUCAUCAACAAAACAAUUCUUUCAAAAACUCUUAGUCUCUUUUUCAUCAAUUUUCAUCAUGAAUCAAUUUGUUGCCAUCGCUUUCUUUGCUCUUGUAGCCAUCGCUAGUGCUUACAACCACGCUGACGGUGGUCACAGUACCAUCAACCGACACCAAGAUGUUAGUGGAAAGUACGAUUUCGGUUACCAUAUUAAUGACCCUUGGGGAUCAUCCAACUACCGACAAGAAUCUGGUGAUGGUUGGGGUAAUGUCCACGGUUCAUAUGGUCUUAAACUUGCCGAUGGUCGUCACCGAACUGUGAACUAUGUUGCCGACAAAAGUGGAUUCCGAGUUAAAUUGGACUCCAACGAACCAUCUGUUGGCUCAGUCGACUCUGCUGAUGCCAUCUACAAUGGUGCUGACCCUGCUGGUCACAGCCACACUCAUGUUGUCUCAGGACACAAAGGAGGUCAUCAUGAAGGCUCAUGGGAAGGUGGAUAUGAACACCAACAACAUGUCCCUCACCAACAACAUGGCCACGACUCAUGGAACAAGAAAGACUCAUGGAAACAUGAAACCAAACACGACAAUUGGGGUAAACACUAAGAUGAUUUCUAAAUGGCCUCAACUUCAAUACUCUCAUCCCUUUUAAUUUCCCUUUCUUACUUCCUUUGUAAACUUUAUUUUAAUUCCGAAUCCUGUCCAUCAUCAUCAUCUUCAUUUCCAUCAUCUUCAUUGCUCCCCCUUCUCUCUUUCUCACUCACUCCACAUUCGAAAAGUCAAUGCUCAAUUAUUGUUGGUACCUUUUAAAUGAUGGAAUACAUUUAAUCAUCACCACAGCGGAUUGAAAAGUUUUCCUCCAUCACUUUAAUUGUCAUCCACAUCAAUUUAAGGGUUGAUUGCAUCACUUCAUUCAAAACAAUUCACCUUCGCUUUGACUUCGCACUUCGCUGGUUCAGACGAAACACAACGAAAAACAUCAACACCAAGUGAUCAGGGUUAUUUAUGAUAAUUAAAUACAAUCAAAAAUCACUGAUUUGACUGUAAAUUAGCAAAUUAGAUAAAGUUAAAUUAGUAUGUAACAUUGUUAUGUAAAAUAGAAAAACCAUAAUUUUGUUAUUUUAAUAAAGAAUUAAGCCAAUUUAAAAUAUCGGAAAAUUUAUUUCGUUUCUAAUUUACAAAAGAAUUAAUUAUUAGACAAUUAGAUGUUUCCUGUCGAUUAUGAUUGCAGAUUAAAAGAUAAUCAAUUAAUUGAUUGAUAAAAAAUCAUAAUUAUUUCUCUUUUUAUUGAAUAUUUAUAUUAGUAGUUAAUGUUAUCAAAAUUGAUUGAAGAGACAAACACAAUCACUCACACACCUUAUUACACAAUACGGUAAUUAAAUUAAUUAUAAACGAUAUCGUAAUAAAUCACCUUAAAUUGUUAAUUACAAUUAAGGAAGGAAAGGAAUGAUAAACGAAAUGAAAAGGGAAAAA